GCAGACACACACUCAGACACACACACACACACACACACACACACACACACACACACACACACACACACACACACACACACAGGAGCUGCUGAGGAGGAGAACAGAACCGCACAGGUUACUCGAGAGGUUGUCUUGCUACAGGCCAGCAGUAUAGGAACCGGUCACACUGACUGCUUGGAUUCAUUGGGACAGCUUCAUAGACUGUGCAGUUUAACAGCAUCGGCUCUCUGAAAGCCCAACUGCGGUGCUUCACCUCUCACCGUCUCAAUAAUGUCAACCGCCACUCAACCCUGGCACCGGAAUGGAGAUGUUGGUUUCCCAUUCAACGAGGAGAGAGUCAUAUCAGGCGGGGUGAACAGGAAUUCAGCAAUAAUUGGAGGCAUUAUUGCUGUGGUGAUUUUUACCAUCCUGUGCACUCUGGUCUUCCUGAUUCGCUACAUGAUACGCCACAAGAGAACACACCACACAAGUGAGUCCAAAGAGGACGAGCAGUCCGAAUCAGUUGACACGGCUAUCAUCACCACUGAGCCCAAUUUUACAGAGACCAUCGACGAAAGCAAGAAGGAAUGGUUCAUCUAACAGAAUGGGGAACAUCCAUCAAUUAAAAAAGGAUCAAUACAUACCACCCCCUCCCAUCUUUUUCCUUUCUCUAUGUAUACCUCUCUAUCGCUCUCUCUUUCUCUCUGUUCCUCCCUCUCUGUCCUCUGUCUCCCCCUGUAAGCAAUGGUUUAUAAAAGUGCAGCUGUUGCAGGAUAGAGCCAAUGGGGUGGGCGAGAACGAGGACUGCAGUUGGAUCAAUGUCCGCAGGCCUGGCCGUCUUCUAAUUUAGAUCAAGAUAUGGAGAAUUUGGGGAAAAUAUAUAGCUUGAAGUUUGGAUGAGUGGGAAUGUAAGACUGAAAAUAGCACCUUCUGUGUUGGAAGUAAUCCACAUCUUCUCUGAUCUCAUUAACUACAAUAUCAAAUCCUGGUGUGGUUGGAGUUAGAAAACCUGAUGUUGAGAAUUUAAUGAAACAACACUACUUCGGUCAUCACUGUAAUGAACUGUAUUAGUGAUGUCUUCAUGAUCUAUGCCAGCCAAACAUCCCUAAACAGCAACGGUGGAGAUAAAGAGCUUUAUGUUCAGACCAUUGAAGGAUGAAUAAGCUGAAGGCACCAUUAAGAAUGUGGCUAAAUCCAAACAACAAAAGCACAACGUUAAAUAAAGCUUCUCAUAAAGAAAUGAUGAAAACACUACUCAUGAAUUGCUUCAUCUAUUUACACUCACAUAGUACUGUCACUUUUUUCUUAAUUCAUUAUCCUUUGUUAGCAGUGCAUAUGAUCCCUUUUUAGAUUCUAUGUGUUUUUUUUUUGUUAUCCUUCAAUUUCAUGAAGUAGGCCUACAAACAUAUACAAGAGUUUAUAAACUGUAUGAAACAUUUUGUUUCCUAGACAUGACACAAGCCAAAUUCAAUAGCCGAUAUGUUACAAUGUUCCUUUAAAAAACCCUAUGACGUUUUUCUCGCCUUGCACAGCGGCCGGUUAGCUCAGUUGGUUAGAGCGUGGUGCUAAUAACGCCAAGGUCGCGGGUUCGAUCCCCGUACGGGCCAAAAAACGUUUUCAGCUGCAAAACGUUGUCUACAUGUAAAUUAUUUCUCCUGACAAAUAAACUAGAAGGAAUAUUAUCACUAGCUGUGCUCCAAAUUAAUUGUUAACAGGCGUUAAUUGUGUUACUUCAUGUGCUGUUAAGCAAGGUUUCUACUUCCAGAGUAAAAUCUUUUUAGCUAUCGCUCACAGUCAGACGAUAUCUUCCUAGUAAAAUUAUUAAGUUACUGCCCUGGCUUGUCAGCUCCGAUUUUCUCUCUGCAGUGAUGAUUCUGACCAUGUGUAAGACAAAUACAACAACAUCAAAAACAAAAAUACACUCCAAAAGUUUCAUUGGCCUAAAGGUACCACAGCUCCCCAGCAUAUGUACCUGUCAAUGUUGGCCGGCUACUGAAGUAACUAUGUAAAACUCCAUUUAUAAAUUAUGAUGUAAAAUCUUAAUUGGAGUAAGAUCUGGUAAUUUAUUGGGAUUUUGUAAAACACUUAAACUGCUUUUGUUAGUAUGCUUCUUUUGCCCUGAACCCUCACCAAUUUCCCGGUCAACCAUCACCACUAUGCUUCAUAUGUGCAUGAGAUUUCAUUCAAAUAUUGUUCCACAUGUUUGCUGAGUAUCCAGCAUGUCUUUUUCCAAAAUCCAAAUAGGAUUUCAUAUGAUCACUCUUCCAUAAGGCCCUGCUCUGUAGAGCAUCCAGUCCUCUCAAGCUGCUUGAGAGUUACCUUUAGAUGCUCAUUUUCAUCCUUGACUAAUAUCCACCUUAAGUGGUCUACCUUGCCCUGAUUUUGGUUGAUGGCUUUGUCUGGAAGGCAAAAUUGGUGUUUCAUAUUAUUUCAGUUGAUAAUCAUUGAUCACAGGUUGUCCAAAACAAAACCAUGUGGUGUGGUUGGAUUUAGAAAACCUCAUGUUGAGAAUUUGAUGAAACAACACUACUUCGGUCAUCACUGUCCUGAUAAUGAACUGUAUUAGUGAUGUCUUCAUGAUCUAUGCCAGCCAAAAAUCCCUAAACAGCAACGGUGGAGAUAAAGAGCUUUAUGUUCCGACCACUGAAGGAUGAAUAAGCUGAAGGCACCAUUAUGAAUGUGGCUAAAUCCAUACAACAAAAGCACAACGUUAAAUAAAGCUUCUCAUAAAGAAAUGAUGAAAACACUACUCAUGAAUUGCUUCAUCUAUUUACACUCACAUAGUACUGUCACUUUUUUCUUAAUUCAUUAUCCUUUGUUAGCAGUGCAUAUGAUACCUUUUUAGAUUCUAUGUGUUUUUUUGAUGUUAUCCUUCAAUAUUGUGAAGUAGGCCUACAAACAUAUACAAGAGUAUAUAAACUGUACGAAACAUUUUGUUUCCUAGACAUGACACAAGCCAAAUUCAAUGUAAAAUGAAAUGUUAUUGAGUUAUAUCUAGCCGAUAUGUUACAAUGUUCCUUUAAAAAAUCUUUAGCCACCCAUUGACUUUUUUCACGGCCUGCACAGCGGCCGGUUAGCUCAGUUGGUUAGAGCGUGGUGCUAAUAACGCCAAGGUCGCGGGUUCGAUCCCCGUACGGGCCAAAAAACGUUUUCAGCUGCAAUAUGUUGUCUACAUGUAAAUUAUUUCUCCUGACAAAUAAACUAGAAGAAAUAUUAUCACUAGCUGUGCUCCAAAUUAAUUGUUAACAGGCAUUAAUUGUGUUACUUCAUGUGCAUGUCUCUGUUAAGCAAGGUUUCUACUUCCAGAGUAAAAUCUUUUUAGCUAUAUCGCUCGCAGUCAGACGAUAUCUUCCUAGUAAAAUUAAGUUACUGCCCUGGC